AAUACAGCCAGAUAAGCCUCCUCGGUGCACUUCCAGUCCAGAUAGUCUUGUCUAGUCUAGCCAGGAAGUCGGAGACACCGGCAAGAAUGUGCUUCGAGUUCAGCUCCUGUUUCGGCGGCGGCAUGAAGGACGACUACGGCGGCGAGCGGUCCAGCCAUGGGGGCUGUGGCGGCCGCGGCCACGGCCGCAGGGGUGACCGCGGGAACCGGAACGGCUACAACGCCGCCUCCGAUCACAAGCCGGUGACCGCCUACGUUCACCAGCCGGCUGUUGACGAGGAGGGGCGCAAGGCCCACCACGACGGCGCGUGGAAACCUGAUCACGCCUCCGUCGUCGCUGCCGCCGGUGGCCACGGCUAUUACGGCGCCUACGCACCUGACAAGGUCCACGACGCGCCGAAGCUUCCUGCCUGGCACAACAAUGUCGUCGACGACGCCGGCUACGCCCACAACACGGCGCGCCUUCGCCACCGGGCUGCUCCUCCUGAUCAUAGGGAGCACGCCGCCAUGGAUUACCACCACUACCCAACCACCACUACCACUCUCGUAAGGUACUAGUAGGUAGCUAGUCGUUAGGAUUACCUAGCAUGGCAGUUCAUCAAUCAGUCCUUCACACUAAACAUCGCCUCUGCUUUUCUACUCUGUCCGGUAGCUCCGUUUUUCACUCUGCUUUUUCUCACCCGCUGAAAUUGUGGAUUUUGAUCAGAGCCUCCAUGUUUUUGUCCAUGGAUGUGCGCACAUGUCCCAGUUCCAGUCCUUUAUCAGUAGGUCUCCGUAGUUGUUUGCUUGUUAUUUUUCUUGGGCUGCUUUCUUCUUGUAUCAUAUAAUCAAGUGAAAGAAAGUAUUUCUGAGAUCAAAGAUGAUUCUC